AUGGACCAAGAGCAGAUGCUGUCUCUUCGAGCGGUCACGAACCCUCUCCAUCCUUCCGUUGAGAUUAUCGCCAUUGCAUCCCCUUCUGAUCACGCCGACCAGCCGAACAAAGCUUGGAAGUCAUGGACCGCGCCGAACGGACGGAACUGGCUGCGCGACUACCUGCCGUCCGAACGUCCGAACGCUCGAGUCUUGUUUUUCAGCAGCACCGUCCGUGGGCACGACUUGGAGCAUUCCGAAAGCAUCAUCGACACGAUCGCGAAGCGGCUACUAUCUCGCGUUAUAAGAGCUCGGGAAAAGGAUGGCGUGCCUGAAGAUGUCCCCAUAAUCUUCAUCGCCCACAGUUUGGGAGCCUUUGUCUUGAAGGCAGCGUUGCUAUUUGCUUCGCAGGCGCGUCAUCAAGGCUUCCAGACGAUAUACAAUCAGACGAGCCGGAUCGUGUUCCUUGCCGCGCCGCAUGUAUGGAGACACGCGGAGCAGAACCUUGGCAAACUUGCGAGUGCCAUCGCAAAGGUCUCGUCCGUGCCCUCCUCGGACGCAUUUCUCGACGCUCUAGAAGAUAGCGGCGAAGUCUUGCAAGAUAUCAACGAGGACUUUAUUGAGAUGAAUAAAGACGCCCCGUUGGAAAUCAUCAACUUUGCAGAGACGCUUCCGACUCCGAACUGGGGCUAUGGCCGUGGAGUCAUCCUGGGCCUUCCGUCGUCCAGCCUCCCUGUAGAUUUCGAGGACGAAGAGGAUGAGCUGUUCGAGGAUGCAACGCCGUUGAAAAAGAGCCACCUUUCCAUCUGCACCUUCAGUUCAAGAUCCGAUGAAGAUUAUGGAAAGGUCUUCGCAACGAUGAAGAAGCGCCAGCAUCGACGCAGGCAUAGGAAUCACCCUUACCCACAACGGCGACCGACGAACCUCUCCGAAUCGGCUCCAGACCUCCACACGCCCCCGUCUUCUUCCAGGCCUCCACGGCAUGGCAAGGAAGGCCACGAACCGGAUCCCGACCCCCCAUCGUUGAAAGAUCGGGUCAAAGAUACUGCACGAGGGCUCGCGGACAUCUUAGAGCCGCUCAGUGUGAUCGCGCCUAUCGUCAUUGGCGGCGGACGGAAAAUGUACAAAUGGAACCGCGCCCGGUCCGCGUCUAAAGUGUCUACCACGUCGACGUCGUCUCGGCCACAGCCCAUGAUAUUCACCACAGCACGUCUCCCCGAGGGCGGCCUAGAGAUCAUUCCCCUAGCCACCUUCGUCCACAGAGGCGCACCACGGAGCGGCCCCAUAGUUGGCAUGAAGCAGGAGGCCAUGCUCCAUAUCCUUCGCAUGCCUUACCGCCGCCUCGAAGACAUCCGUCGACGCAUCGCAGUCCAAGCCAUGCUCAUGGCGAAACUCACCACGCUACAAGUCCAUAUCGAGCAGCGUCUAGACAUCGUUCCCCUCUGCCGGGUUUGGUGUUAUGGCCUCGCCAUAUUUAUCUAG